GUGGUCGUUGGUCAUGCAGAGGGCACGUCAGCAAUCAUUUGUGCUAUUUGACAUUGUGAUUAGAAAAAGUUUUAGAAACUAUUAGUGAAGUGUAGUGAUUGUUUGAACGGAAAAACAAUUUAUGAACGGACGCAAUUUGUGUAAAAAGGAUAUGGCGGCAUCACAUAUUCUCAGUGCUGUAGAACCCACAGUGGGGGGAGGCGGUACAAGAGGUGGGCGUGAACGGGAAGUCAACGUUGCCCUUGAUGAUCGAGACCUGUGGGUUCGAUUUCAGACACUCACCAAUGAAAUGAUUGUUACCAAAAAUGGCCGACGAAUGUUUCCCGUAGUAAAAGUUACGGCCAGCGGAUUGGACCCUACAGCGAUGUAUACCGUUCUACUUGAAUUUGUACAAGUUGAUAGCCACCGCUGGAAGUAUGUUAAUGGAGAGUGGGUUCCCGGCGGAAAGGCCGAAGUGCCGCCAUCUAACGCAAUAUACAUACACCCUGAAAGUCCCAACUUUGGUGCGCAUUGGAUGAAGGAACCGAUAUCGUUUGCUAAAGUGAAACUCACGAAUAAAACCAAUGGAAAUGGCCAGAUAAUGCUGAAUUCCCUUCACAAAUACGAGCCAAGGGUUCACCUAGUAAAAGUCGGCACAGAUCUCCGACGCAUCAUGACAUAUCCAUUUCCUGAAACGCAAUUUAUCGCCGUAACCGCGUAUCAGAAUGAGGAAGUGACGUCACUGAAAAUUAAAUACAAUCCAUUUGCAAAAGCAUUCCUGGAUGCAAAAGAGAGACCUGAGGGAUAUUACCAGAGGGACUUUGUUGGUACUCACUACCCUCAACAAAGCUCUUCGCCUCACCAGUACCCACAAUUUGGAGGCUGGUUUGUGACAUCACAGCCAUUGUAUGGAAGCGGAAAUUCAGCGUCUAGGAGGCCUGCACCAUAUCCGCCACGCCCUCCUUCGCGGCCGCGAACUUUGUCGCCUCCCUCUACCUACAGCACCGCUGAGCGAUCACCAGUUGCUACAAAUAGCAGUUACACCUGGGCUGGAAGUAGCAGUUACUGGAGCUCGCAAGGGAACAGCUCACCACAACCCAAUACCUCCCCAGUUCCCUAUAGAACUCCCCCACACGCAUACCCUGCCCCCAUAGAAUAUUCUGCCCCCACGACAACGGCACCUGCGUCUGCUCCCGCCCCACUCUACCCGCUGCAAUAUGACGCGCCAAGCCAACAUCAUUCACCAUACUACCAACAUGCCUACGCUCCAUACGCUCAUCACGCUAUUGAAGAUAUUUCGUAUUGGCCGAAUAGUUUGAACAGCUACGGAUACCAACCGUCUGAAUACGUGGGUACCGGAGAAGUAGCGUAUGCCGCAGAAGGCAUGCCUUUCGGAAGCGGUGCCCCACUCGAAGCAAGCACCAACCAGGCGGAACGAACUACCCCCCAAGGCACUGAACAUCAGAGUGCCGACCGGGAAUAUAAAUAUAAUACUGAAGAGGAUCGGCAUUCGCCUUGCGAAAAUACAACAUUACCCUCGCGUUCGCCACCCCAAUGACAUGAUUUAGUGAAAUAAAAUAAUUUAACAGGUGUGUUAAGUCCUGAUUGUUACUCAAUUCGAUUAAUUCCGAUUGUUAUUUAGUUCUGCGAUCAUAAUCUACCAAUUGCGCCAGGUGAAGUGAAUUCUAUAACAGACUUUUACAUAAUACGGCGGCUGGGAAAUGCGAUCGAUAAAUUUUAUAGGAGUAUCUGUAGCGAAGACAGUGAUCCAUUGUAAUCUGUGUCUUCUAACCGCAUUUUUGAGAUUUAAUUCGGUUUAAGAGGCAUUGAAUACAUCAAUCAAGUCAAGAGGCAGUUAAUUGUAUUUGCCUAUAAUAAUGCUUAUUACUACUUUAAUACAUGUUCUGGAUUCGUUAAUGUAAUAUAUUGUAUAUAAAUCGAGCUCAAAACUUUUCCAGAUACUGUUUUCUUAUUUCUAUGCCAUUGCACAAACAUGUAACAUGCUUUUAUUACAUUUGUAGGUAUAUGUUUCAUAUAAAAAACAUUUGGAAUCCCGCACCAAUAUCGAAAUUGUUUUAUCAUUAUGCUUUGUAAUAUUAUUUUAACUUCUCGUAGUCUGUGUGGUAAGAGAACCGGCGUGGUAUUGUCAAUCUAAUAUAUUUCUGAUUACUGUCACUUACUUAUUUCGUCAAAUCAAAUCAUAUCAAAUUAUAAUGACGUAACAGUGUUGCCAACAUAACAUAAAAGGUAAUUUAGCAUCGUCCACGUAUCCCACGACGGUUGUCUUUCCGUACAGACAUAAUAAUAAUAUGCGAAUUGCGUCUAUUGAUACAGUAAUUCAAAAUUGUAACAUAAAUCAACAGAACAAGCUUUCAUUUUCAUAUAUAGUUCCCGUCAAUCUCAUACUAAGUGUUUUUAUAUAAAGUUAUGUAUUUUUUAUUUAAAUGUGUGAUAUUAGCGUUAUUAAAACACUAAUAUUAUGCAUAUUAACGUAAGAUUAAAUUUACAAGUAAUUUAUGGAGCUAAUGUUUAUUUUCAGUGGAAAAAGUAGAGACUACCGUGUUAACCAUAUAAUAUGUUUAAUUGGAAUCUACAAUAUUUUUGUACUUUAAAUUUUUUCAGGAUUCCGAGGGCAGACCUACCUUCGAUCCUAGUUGUAAAUAUUUAGACAGAUGGAUUUAAGACAUACUUAAUUAAAUAAUUAUAAAAUCUUAGAGUAUUAUUAUAACUGCGAUGUUUUCAUU